AUGAUUGAAGGUAUGAACAAAAAAGUUGAACAAUUUAUACGACAAUUAAAAGCCGUUGAUUUAGUACAAGCAGUGAUUGAUUAUCAUGAAAUGAAACAUUUGUGGUCUUUAACUCUUGAUGAUAACAACAACAACAACGAUAAUGUUGUACCAUCUUGUUUGUCAGUAUUAAAUCUAUUGGGUUCUCUUGACAAUAGUCAACCGGAUUGGGCCGUUUUUCGCAAAUUAAUAAUUAAAAAUGAUGAAGAGGAUGAACAACAACAACAACAGGAAGCAUCGAUAAAGGGUAUUAAAACUAACAUAGAUAAAUUAGUAAAACAACUAUCAGACGAUCAAAAGAAACAAAAUGAAAUUGAAGAACAUGUAAGACUAUCAAUGAUUAUUUUCAAUCCAGCAUCAAUAAUAACUGCCGCAACAGCGGAAGAUUCAUCUCAAACGCUUAAUAGCGAUUUCAUGUGGUUUCAAUUAAUAAAUGAAGUUUUACUACGAAUGGAAAAAGAGCCUGUUGAGUCAGCUUUUGAAGACUUGAUUGAAAUGUGUAGAAAACAGUACGUCGGUAACAAGAGUGAGUUGGCGUUAAUUAACGAAUUUGAAGAAACAUAUAAGUCGACAGAUGCUGUUCGUGCUGCUCGUGAAACGUUCUUGUAUCGUGUACUUAAUAGUGCACUUCCUGCAGCUGUUACCCAGUUAAAACGUGCAAAACCACUUGCUUCUGUAAGCCAUCUGAGUGUAUUCGGUGAUGCGGAAGUAGAAAUUUUAUUCAUGCUCGGAAGUGUAUUUAAAAUUCUGAAUAUUAGAAGAAAUGACAAUGAGAAACUAUGGGUAGUUAAAUUAUUUUUAACUAGUGAAGAAGGACAAAAUGAAUUGAAGCCAGUAUUUCAAUCAAUGAAGAAUGAAAUUGGCGAGGAAACAAGUUUUCUAUCACUUGGAAAUAUAUUUGCAAAAAUGGGAAAAUUUACCGAUGCCGAACAGUAUAAUCAAAGAUUUUUGAAUUCGUUAUCACCAGAUGAUUUUCGUGUUUCACGAUGUUAUAUUAAUCGCGUAGUAAUUGCCAAACAAAAUAUGGAUUAUGUUACAGCUUAUUUAGCUUUGACAAAAGCACUUGAAUUAGAAGAAAAGAAAUCAUUCUUCAAUGCACCUAUUAAUGCAGCCAUUUACAUGAAUUUAGGCAUUGUUUUGCAAUGA